ACACGGGUGCACAAACAUCCUACACGCUGACAGGUCAGUGAAGCUCACGCUGAAGCUUUCUUUUUUAUCUUCUGCAAGCAAGCUCCAACUUUAUUCCUUUUGGAUGAAAAACAUUGUUUUGAAAAAACAAGAGCGAUGCUGUAGACGUAAAAACACGGGGAUGACUUCUUUAAAUUUGGAUCUUGCGGACGCGAGUUGUCAAAGUUGCGGUGAUGUGCGCGAAUAAGGAGGGGCGCAGCGUGGCAAAGUGAGCGAAAUUGCGCCAAAGAUGUCAACCUUGCUUUGCCACCCACACGAAAUCGAUUGUAUUACCCACAAGAAGCCGGCUCCUCCACGUAUAAAUAGAGACGGGAGGAUAUUUCACCAAAGACGGUGUUGAACAAGAAGAGCUCACUGCCACCCGGACCAGGACUUUAAAGCAUUUUGAGGAGGUCAACUAUCUCACAACUAGGGGGUUUGCUUCCACCCAGGUCAUGCAGCUGGAGAGGAAAUGGCACAUACUCCUGAUUUUCCUCCUCCUGCUCAUCACCUCAGCCGACCAGUGCAUGGACAACAAGGAGGUCAAGCAGAAGGACAGAAGGACCCUGUUGGACUUCAUCUUACAGGCGGUCAGAGACAGCCAGCAAUGGAACAAACACAUGUCCAAGCGUUGCAGCGAUGGACUCUUUGCCUCCCUCCAGGACCUGAGGUUGACCUCCCGUGAAAAGCCUUUCUACAUUCCCAGGCUGGAGAACCGUAAACUCACAGAAGUCGUUCCUCGAGACGUAAACAUGAAAAGCAAGUUCAUUCAACACUUUACAGCAGGACCAGUCAAGUUCUCAUCGGAAUGCAGAACACACUUUGACAGACUUUAUCACAACACAAGGGAUUGCACAAGACCAGCAUAUUAUAAAAGAUGUGCAAGAUUGCUGACACGAUUAGCAAUGAGUCCACUCUGCACGCAAUCGUAGAUAUCAAAUGUCCCAUUAUGAUGGAAGACCGUGUUGCCAAGGAAGUGCCUUCAAAUCCACAACGGUUAUACGUGUAUGAACAUUGUUUCUAUUUUUGUUAGCCUUCUCGACAGCACCCACAAUGCGGACAUUGUUGGUUAUUUUCUUUCUAUAGAGUAAUCCCUCGCCACUUUGCGGCUUCACUCUAUCACGGUAUUUCAGAGUAGAUUCAUGAGUAAAUCAUGCUGUUUUAUUAUUAGUAAAAAAAAAAAAUGCACAUUUAAGCACAUUUUCGGUAUUUAUGUGCCUAAAUUAAGCAUUUUCAAGUGGAAAAAUGGCUAAAUCAGGGGUGUCCAAACUUUGAAAAGUGAAAGGAUGCAACUUUGCCUGGAAAUAUAUGGAGAUAUGCUAAGAAGUUAGAUAUAUUUCAAGACAAAAACUGCAUUUCAGGUGAAAAAGCCCUAUUAUUAUCAACUUCACUCUUCGCUCUUUUAUUUCCAUGUUUGCUGUUGGUGUUUUGUUUUUUUUUCCCAAUAUUUCAACCUUCUUCUGAAAUAAUCUUUUUAAAUUUUCUUUUUGCAAUAUUUUGACUUUAUUCCCAUAUUAUUAUAACUUUUUCUCUGACCAAUUUUUCCAAAAAUUACAACUUUAAUUAAAAAAAUUACAUCUAACAUCUCGUUAGAAUACACCUUUUGCUAAUGUUUUUACUUUAUUCACAUCAAAUUACAGCUGUUAAUUCCAUUUCUGCUGUUGUUGGAGUUUUUUCCCCCCAAAUAUUUCAACUUUCUUCUUAACAUUUUGACUUUAUUCCCAUUUUUUGAGUUCAUUGUCAUAGCAUUAUCUUUUCCGCAACGUAAUUUUCAACUUUCUUUGUUUUUUUUUUUCAUAAUAUUGCGUCUUUUGGCUUUAUAUUUCGACCUUAUGCUUAAAAUAAUGUUAUUAAUGUUAAUGACGUUAUUCACGUAAAAUUGCGAUUUUUUUCUCAUUAGAUUCCAACAUUUCUCUCUUAGUCUUUUUAAUUUUUUAAAUUUUGUGUUUAAAGUAUAUUUUUAGAAUGUCCUAUGGGCUACAAAUGGCCCCCGGGCUGCAUUUUGGACACCCCUGGGCUAAUUGAAGUAAAAUAAGGCAUUCAGAAGACGCAUUCAAAGAUGUGAUAUGUAGUAUUGUACACUGGUCACUAAGUGCCAGUAAUGUUCCUGUAAUGUUGGGUGAGAACACACAAGCGCCAGAAUCUUAACCGUGAUAAACGAGGGAUUACUGUAUUUCAUACAACGCACGUAUAUUUGUAUGUUGAUAUUAAUUUAAUAUGACACAUAUUUAUUGAGACGCUGUGUAUAUAAUAUUUACAGAUCAUGCAGAGUUGAAUGAUUUAGUUUGCAAAGGUUCUCCUCCGCCGUUGUUGUGAAGCGACAACUUGCCUUGCAGUCAACCAUUCGUCACGCUCUCGUCCUCAUCACUUUUUUAUUUGGCACUUGAGUGACAUGCCGACUAUGAGAAGAGGCGGAAUGCCAACGUACAGUAUGUGAUAAGACACUGCACUGCCAACAAUAAAGACUAUUGAAGCAGAGCAAAUAUUGAGAUUAUUGCCAAUAAAAGGCAGGCAAUGACGUCACGGGCAGGACUGAAAAUGGAAGUGAAUGACUUGUUAUUGACAAGAAAAUACAGCGGAACCUCCAAGGUGGCACAAUCAGUGGAUCAGCAGAUUUUUGGUAAAAAAAAUAUAUAUUUUUUUCCAUUCUAUUUUGCUUUAUUUUCAUUUUUUAGGAUUAAUAAAUAAAUACGUGAUAGUACAGGUAAAAACAAAAAAACCUACCAUUUUUACAUGUUUAUGUCUUUGUGCUUCAGUUUGCUUUCCAUGCAGUAGAAAAGUACAAUGCUGAACGUCCUCUAAAGUUGAACAAUUCAGAAUUCCACCAAAAUUCUCAGUGUGAUGAAAACACUUACUUAUUGUGGUGCACGCGUCCCUGUCCUGGCUGCUCAGUACAAUAUGGCUAAAACAGCAAUACGUCGGUGCCCGGAGUGAAAGAAGAUGCUAACUACAUCAUCAUAGUUACUUUUUUUCUCCUGCCAUAGUUACUUUCUCCCUUUUUCCUCCUCCUCGCUUUCACGUAUGCGAUGCUUUACGAAGAGCAGUGGUUUCCAAACUUUUUACAGUGGUGUACCCCUUCACACAUUUUGACUUGAAGCCAUGUCCCCCCUACUCCUGGACACUUGAAAACGCAAACAUUUUUAUCUUCAUUAACUUAAACUAUUAAACAUCAUGAAUUGUUUAAUUAAUUUGAUAGUAAAUGUGUAUUUUGCAUGGUCACAUUUUGAUGAAGUUUCACAUGAGCACUGACACAUAGAUAAGUAAUCAUUCUACGUAACUUUUAUACCAGGUGGCGUCCUUCCGUAUGAAUGGGUUGAAUUUCAGCUGCACUUUUUUUGUCCAUUCAUAAUGUCUAUGGUUUAAGUCUGCAUACUAAUUUAAAGGAAAACCGCACUUUUUUUUUUAAUUGCCUAUCAUCCACAAUCCUUAUGUGAAACAUGAACACAUAUUUCAUUCCCUUUUCUGUGCGUUCUAGCAAGAGAAAACGAGUUAGCAUGAGCCAGCUAAAAAUGCACGUCAAGUGAGGUACCCAAACAAAAAACCCUCAAAAAAACACCAACCCAUUUCCAUUUCCAUUAACCAAGCUACAGCGAUAUUGUUAUUGUAGCAGCUAACACCAAGAACUACAUUUAUCUGGUGGAGUAACACAACGCCUCAAUCGUCUCAGCGUCACUCACAACGCCUCAAGCCAGUGCAACGGGACAGACGGAAGAGUGGAUACUACUGGCUCUCGAUUUCGCUACGAAGGCUCAACAAGAUGCUCGUUUUCUGUCAGUGUUUUUUACCUGACAACUACCUGAGCACAAGUCUUGUGCUGAAGAGACGCAGACCAUCCCAAUGGGGGCGGACAUUGGAAGUUUCGUCGUUGCUAAAAAUUGCUGGAAAAUUUUCUUUGCAAAAAUCUUUUAUUAGAUCAUAUACUGUAGCUAUGGAGAGAAUGUCUGCUGAAUCUAAGGAACAAAUGUCAGAAUUUCAGUCUAUACUGUAUGGGCACCAAUCCCUUGCUUUCUCCCUUCAGG